AUGAACACAGGAAGACCGGGCGUGACUAAUCAAAAGAGAAAACACUAUUUUUAUCGUAUCCUUUGGACGUGCUUGACUCAUCGUGUUGUUUCUGUUGCUUUUAGACCCUCGUCGAGUAGGACACCCUUACCAAAGUCGGACCCAGCCGAAGCGGAAGAAGCCAAGAACUUCCUUCAGCCGGCACCAGGUUAG